CAAUCAGCAGUCAAUGGCUGAAUUUGAUUGCUUUACAUUAAAAAACAUUAUAUACAGGCAAAUACAAAAAACCAUAUAAAUAUAUUGAAUAGGGGGAUUGAAAUUGAAAUUGAUUACGGUACUAAAUACAUCAACAUUACAAAAUUUAAAAGUACAAAUUCAUCAAUUACCACAUCGUAUUUUAUGGUAUCGUAGUAUAACUUUAGAAAAGAUUGAAAGUGAUGUAUUAUUAGAUUGAAUAAAUUAAAAACAAAAAUUACACAAUUCGAUAUUUGGUAUCGAAGAGAAAUACAUUGUCCAAUUGAACUGAAGUAUAAUAUUAUUUUUGAUCGUUUCAUUUUAGAUUCUAAUCGACAAGAUCAAGCAACACAAAUCUGACCAUGGAGCAAAGCAAAAUGGAAAAAUCUGUAUCGACAAUAGACCCACUAACGUUCCCGCAUGAGACGUAUCUGUCAAACACUAAGGAUGAACCAACAGAAGACGGCUAUGUGUCUAUAUUGAAGGAUUUUAGUACUAGCACAUCUGCACACGGAAUCCCGCAUAUUAUCACCGCUAAAAAUAUGUUCAUGAAAUUAUGCUGGUUUAUCGUCACUUCCGGUGCAUUGGCAGUGCUUCUUCUACAGGAGUACGACCUUUUGAAAGACUACUUUAGUCAUUCGUAUGCGACCAAGAUCGACCUCAUCACAAGAACGAAUUUAACUUUUCCGGCGGUUACUGUUUGCAAUAUGAACAGAAUGCGUCGCUCGGCUCUGAAUGGAACGCGUUUUGAGGGUUUACUGGAGGUAGACGAUAGAACUGAUAACCAGACACAACAACCUGAAACUACGUUCACUACAUUACAACAGUCUUACACACAGGACGGAAAUUCAGAAGAUAUUAAUGAAACACCCACAUUUGUAGAUGAUAGUAUUGUUCCUACAUCUGCAGCUAGUCAGGAAAAAUCUUUUGACGCCUCUGCUGAUGAUUCCGUAACGGCGGGGUCAGUUCACGAGCGCCGUAAACGGAGAGCAAAAGAUACAAUAAAGCGUCGGACCCGCGACACGUCAUCUUCCUCUUCAUCAUCUUCCAGCGAGCGAUACAAUAAUUUUGAUUGGCUGGAUGAUUUUGAUUUUGAAUUUGAUGAUACCUAUGACUGGAAUGGGGUUAUGGACGAAAAUGAUUGGCAGGGUUUUUACGACAAUUCGAAGUCGGAGGAUUUUAGUGACAUACUAAACGUGGCCAAUCCAACAAAAGAAGAAUUACAAAAUCACGGCCACCAACCAGAAGAUUUUAUACUACAGUGCACUUUUGAUAAGAAGUCAUGUAACUACACGCAAGUAUCGUUUUUCUUUAUUCUGAUCUGCUCAGCCUAAAACUCUCAAUCAGUAGCCACCUACAUAUCACUACCACCUAAACCGAACCAAUUUGAUGUGAACCACUCAAU